AGACAGAGUGAGCUGCAGCUGUGCGCUGAUUCACGCGCGUGCUGCUCUUGGGCUUUUGGAACUUGUCUUGACUACAGUCUCGUGGCCGUGCGAGGCUGUGCGAUAUCGGGUCGCGCCAAACUUGCAACAUGGCGGAGGAACUCGACGAGCAGUUUGACGACUUUGGAUUUGGGUUUGAGGAGGAGAACGAGGUGGCUGAGGAGGACUUUGACGAAGGACAGAUGGGCUUUGGCGACGAAUCCUUUGAGGAGAGCCCCAGUGCUGAAGCAGCAUCCACAUCCAUCCCCGCACCUGCACCUGCACCCGCACCCGCACCUGCACCCGCACCCGCACCUGCGGCACCCGCGCAAGUGCCAACACCCGUACCCAACACACCGGCUGAACCCGUCACCAACAGUGAAUAUGACGGUGACCCCAACGUCAAGCCCAUUAUUGCAGGUUUUGAGGAGGACCUAUCGCAGCGCAGCCAUGAUCAGGUGGCACUUCAAUGGCAGAGCUUUCAGGGGCAGGUGCUCCUGAACCUGCGCGUCCAGAUCAUGCCCGCGCGGGUAGCAUUCAGCAGCGGCUUUGACUCCUCCUCGGGCAAGGAGAUCAAGGUGUCCCCUCCCAAAGACAAGACGCACACACUCGUCAAAAUGCUCAAACCUGAAACUAGCUACACUUUCCGCCUUCUGGCUGGCAACGAAGCUGGUGUUACCAUCGGUCCGGAAGUCGAGAUUACGACGCGCGUUUUCGCCCCGCCCCGUGGCGAUAAGAGUGCGUGGUUUGUGCUGCCACCAGACCGCAAGGCUUCGGCCGUCAAGACCUUGGGACGUCGCUUGUCCCUGCGCAAGGUCAAGCUGGACCGCUUCUGGUUUGUUCUCGAGGGCGCCCUCCUUUCCUGGUACAAGAGUGUCGAUGGACCCGAGGUUGGCUAUGUUCACCUCGGCAAACUCAAUGAAAUCUCCUAUCCACAGCGCACCGACAACACCGCCUUCAUCCUCAAGUACGGUGACAGGGACCAACUCGAGAUGCAGGUCUUCACCGAUGAUCCUCUUGUCACCGAGCGCCAGGUGUUUGACGAUUGGGUGCGCGCCUUGACUGAUGUACGCAAGAACCUCGGGGGAGACGCCACCCGUGUCGUGCACCGCACCAUUGACAACGAUUAA